AUGUUUCGUUGCAAAGGGCCCGAGAAAGUCUCGUGUUCAUCUCGCACAGGCAAAGCUCAAGUCGCAGGCAAGGUGGCGCUGGUCGUGGCUCCCUCGGCGUACCUGGUUGCCGAGAAUGGCGAUGCGGCCAAGGCGUCGGAGCGGCACGAAGCCACGUUAGCGUGGAGAAAACACAUGCGACUCGACUCGAUCCUGGCAGUACCUCAGAUACACUACGACGUCAUCAAGCGGAACUACACGCAGUUUCUGCACAAACACGACAAGCUCGGCCAUCCACUCUACUUUGAGAAAAUUGGCUCGAUCAACAUGCCCCAGCUGAAGAAAGCCGGUGUCACGUCGGACGCGUUGUUCAAGCACUAUUUAUUCGCCAUGGAGUUCAUGCUCAAGUAUGCGGCUCACGAGAUCUGUCCGUGCGACGCAUGUGCUCCCAGCGAGACGCAGAAGAUGUGCAUCGUACUGGACGCGCGUGGAAUCGGUAUGCGCGGUUUGGGCGGUGAGGUGUUUGAGUUCAUCCGUCGAUGCACGGGUGCGAUGCAGUGCCACUAUCCGCAGCGGUCGUUCAAAAUCUUCAUCGUGAAUGUGCCUUCGUGGUUCGGUAUGGCAUGGAAAGGUGUGAAGCCUUUGUUGAACGAAGCAACUCGUGCCAAGACGAACAUUGUGAUGGAGAGCGAGACUGCUGCCGCGUUGCUGGAGUUCAUUGACGCUGAAAAUCUGCCUGUGGAGUACGGCGGCACGUGUUCGUGCUCUGGUGGUUGCGAGACGCACUCUUCGUACCAGCUUCUGCAACGAGCGCUGGUGGAGAGUGUGCUAGAGUGCAAGUCUUUCGAGUCCAAAGACUUGCUACGUGCGAUCUCGCUCGAGCGCUCUGGCGCGCGUAAACCAAAGAGACGCCAAUGUCAUCGGGACCGGUGUUUGCCACAACGGAUGACUCCUGAAGUUGGUAAAGAGAGAGAGAGAGAGGGCCGACGUCCAAUGAAGUAG